CCGGUGCUGCAGGCAGUCUGACUCGCAGUCCCCUAAGUGACUCCCAAGGAGCGUCUGCAGACAAGAGGAUGGCCCAGGUCCUGCACGUGCCAGCCCCCUUCCCAGGGACUCCUGGCCCAGUGUCUCCACCCACCUUCCCUGCCAAGGACCCCGACCUGCCCUACUCAGUGGAGACGCCCUAUGGCUAUCGCCUGGACCUGGACUUCCUCAAGUAUGUGGAUGACAUUGAGAAGGGCCACACUCUGCGGAGAGUGGCUGUGCAGCGCCGCCCCCGCCUGGGCUCUCUGCCCCGUGGCCCCGGAUCCUGGUGGACGUCCACCGAGUCGCUCUGUUCCAACGCCAGUGGGGACAGCCGCCACUCGGCCUAUUCCUACUGCGGCCGCGGCUUCUACCCACAGUAUGGCGCUCUGGACUCCCGCCCCGGCAUCAAUCCGCGUGUGGAGCGCACCUUGCUGGAUGCCCGCCGCCGCCUUGAGGACCAAGCGGCUGCGCCCCCUGGCCUGGGCUCCCUGACACCCAGUGCAGCGGGUUCAACCAGCUCAUUGGUAGGCGUGGGUCUGCCACCUCCAACGCCACGGGGAUCGGGACUGUCCACGCCGGUGCCACCCAGCGCGGGACACCUGGCACAUGUGCGGGAGCAGAUGGCGGGUGCCCUGCGGAAGCUGCGACAGCUGGAGGAGCAGGUGAAGCUGAUCCCCGUACUCCAGGUGAAGCUGUCAGUGCUGCAGGAGGAGAAGCGGCAGCUCACAGUGCAGCUCAAGAGCCAGAAAUUUCUGGGCCACCCUACAGGGGCCCGAGGCCGCAGUGAGCUCUGCUUGGACCUCCCUGAGCCCCCCGAGGACAUGGCAGCACUCGAGACCCGAAGUGUGGGCACCUGGGUCCGGGAGCGGGACUUGGGCAUGCCCGAUGGGGAGGCGGCCCUUGCCGCCAAGGUUGCUGUGCUGGAAACACAGCUCAAAAAAGCGCUACAGGAGCUGCAGGCAGCUCAGGCCCGGCCACAGCCCGACAGCCCGGUCCGCGCAGACACCGUCCGGGUGGUGGAGGGGCCUCGGGAGGUGGAGGUGGCGGCCAGCACAGCUGCUGGAGCCCCUGCACAGCGGGCCCACAGUCUGGAGCCCUACGGGGCAGGGCUGCGUGCCCUGGCUACAUCCGGCAGGGCCGAGAGCCCCCCUGUGUUCCGCAGCCACGAGGUGGUGGAGACAGCGUUCCCAGCACCUACUGUGUCCACCGGCAAUGUCCACGUGGUGAAGAAGAUCAGCAUCACCCAGCGUGGCUGUGAUGGGGUGGCAGGUCUCAAACAGGGUCCUGCAGAGUCGUCUUUAUCACCCCCAGGGUCCACAGCAGCCUCCCUUGCACAGCCUGAGAAGAACGUAGGCGGGGUGACCACCAGUGAUGCUGGUGACAGGGAGCCUGCCAGGCGAACAGCCCCAUGUGAGUCUGAGGAGGCUGGGGGUGCAGGUGGGCCCCAGGUAGCCGCGCGGUCCAUCAUGAAGCGGAAAGAGGAGCCCACGGACCUGGCGGCCCACCGGAGGAGCCUCCAGUUUGUAGGGGUCAAUGGCGGGUAUGAGUCCUCCUCUGAGGAUUCCAGCACAGCAGAGAACUUCUCAGACAAUGAGAGCACGAAGAGUGAGACUCCAGAGCCAGAGGAGAGGGUUCCUAGUGUGGCCAAAGCCCCCCAGCUCAGGCCUGUGGGGACAGCAGUGGCCAAGACCAGCCAUCAGGAGUCUCAGGAGUGCCAGUUGUCUCAGGAGUCCCAGCACGUGGCCAUGGCUGAGGAGGCUUCAGGGUCAAACAUGGAAGAGGAGAUCCGAAUGGAGCUAAGCCCGGACCUCAUCUCUGCCUGCCUGGCCCUGGAAAAGUACCUGGAUAACCCCAACGCCCUCACGGAACGGGAGCUGAAAGUGGCCUACACCACAGUGCUGCAGGAGUGGCUGCGCCUGGCCUGCCGCAGCGACGCACAGCCUGAGCUUGUGCGGCGUCAUCUGGUCACAUUCCGGGCCAUGUCGGCGCGGCUGCUGGACUACGUGGUCAACAUCGCGGACAGCAACGGCAACACUGCACUGCACUACUCCAUGUCACAUGCCAACUUCCCCGUGGUGCGGCAGCUGCUUGACAGUGGUGUCUGCCAGGUGGACAAGCAGAACCGUGCCGGCUACAGCCCCAUCAUGCUCACCGCCUUGGCCACUCUGAAGUCCCAGGAUGACAUAGAGACUGUCCUACAGCUCUUCAGGCUCGGAGAUGUUAAUGCCAAAGCCAGCCAGGCGGGGCAGACGGCCCUGAUGCUGGCAGUCAGCCAUGGGCGGGUGGACGUGGUCAAAGCCCUGCUGGCCUGCAAGGCAGAUGUCAACGUGCAGGACGAUGAUGGCUCCACAGCCCUGAUGUGUGCCUGUGAGCAUGGCCACAAGGAGAUCACCAAGCUGCUGCUGGCUGUGCCCAGCUGUGACAUCACGCUCACUGACCGCGAUGGGAGCACAGCUUUGAUGGUGGCCUUGGAUGCGGGGCAGAGUGAGAUCGCAUCCAUGUUGUACUCACGCAUGAACAUCAAGUGCUCGUUUGCCCCGAUGUCCGAUGAUGAGAGUCCUGCGUCUUCCUCCGCAGAAGAGUAGUAGCCUUGAGGGGCGGCUACAUACGUCUCCCCUCAGGGGGCCAGUCAGCCCCAAAGCGAGCCCUCCCUGGUCUUCCCCCACCCCCUCUUCUGCUAGGCCACCCCCAACACGCACUCCCCAAGGCCCCAGUCUCCAAAUGGAUUCUCUUUUGAUUCCCCAGGGGAGCCCCUGACAGAAAUGGGACUCUAGCUCAAAGCCUGUUUUCCCAUUACCCCAGUUCAAAGCAGCCACAGCACAGACUGAAGCUAAAUCCUUAUAGAAAUUGGCGCCAGUGGCUGAUGCUGGGGCCUGAGUUUUAUGAAGAACAUUCAGAACAAUAAGCUGGCAAUUGUGGAUGAAGGAGGGUGAGAGGGGAAAAAAAAGUGUAUUUUUAAAUCAUUGAGGGGGGAAUCAUUAUUUGUUGGCAGAUUCAAAAGUCACUGGAAUUGCAUAUCCUGAAUGUCACUACACAUGAGCGGCUUCCCCUCCCCACCUCCCACGUUUAACUGUUUGGUGUAUAACACCGCUCUGUCCACUCCCCACAAUUUUUCUUGGGGGCAUUUUCUUCCGGUCUCUUUACAAAACAGAUGCUGUCCUUGUCAUCUGGGUGGAAAGCUCAGUGUCUUGCUUAUCAUUGCCAGCCUUCCCGCCAUUCAGGUGAGGCCAAGACACAGGAGCCUAGAGAGUCCUGGGACCUGUAGGUAAUCAGUUCCUGCUGAGAAAUUACCAGAAACCCAUCCCCUGCCUGCACAGAGGCCUUACUUAGCAAACACUGAUUUUCCUAGAAAAAUCUUCAGGCCUAGAGACACAGGACAUAAAUCUGGUUCUCAGAGCAGCUGCCCAGCUCCUGGGCCCAGAACUGCAGGGAGCAUGGCCGCCCUCUUUUUCCCCAGGGCUCUAGAAUUUAUCUCUUCAAAGGAAAGAAAACAGGGCAUGUGCCUGCUGGCAAAGCACAGGGCGAGUCUAAGAGUCCCAUGUGUGUUUGAUUAAAAGUUGGCUGCCCCCACAGGACUCACAACGCAAACUUAAAGAGAUGGGGCUUUGCCGAAAACCAAACAAGGGCAGCUGGUUUUUCCCAACCCAGCGGCUUCCAGAGCUGCCUGGAACGUAGCCCGUUGGAAACGGGGCUCAUCAGGGAAACUGUUUCCUUCGUGGCCUGUUUUGUCCCCAGAAUCUCAAGAUAUCAUUUUCUUUCCUGUUCCUUUCCUUUGUGAACAGGAAAAAGGGGGAAUUCUAAAACCAUUUGUUGUUGAGUCAACAUCUGUUCAUGGAGCUCCCAUAUUUUGACAGAGUAGAACUGUGCUCCACAGGGUUUUCAAUGGCUGGUUUUCCUAAGUAGAUCAGCCAGGCCUUUCUUCCGAGGCACCUCAGGGUAGACUCCAACUUCCAACCUUUUGGUUAGCAGCCCAGCGACUCGAGAGAGUUCAGAGCCUCCAUUGGUGCCUUGUGAUCAGAGAAUAAGAUCCUAACCAAAUCCACGUCCUGCCCCUCACCCCCGUACAGCCAGUUCUCAGCUUAGUCAGGACUUCGGAGCCAAACCUCAGCAGGGCAAAGUAAGCCCUAAAAGUUUAAACAUUCAUUCAAUAAAGCUAAGUGCUGGCUUCUCUCCUAGAAAAGUAGAUUCCUUGGCUUCAUGUAGCCUGGCUUGCUUUGAUUUUUCUUUAAGGGGUGUACCUAAGACUAAAGAGCUUGGAUGGUCACACAAGAAAGACAAGCUUGUGUGUGUGUGUGCGGGUGCGCGCAUGUCACUUGGAGAGAAAACAAAACCAAGACUGGGGGUGACCAGGGGUAUCUGAUAGAGGCUGAAGCCUCGGGCAGCUUUAAGAAGCGGUACAAGAGUUACAUCUCCAACCAGCCCAUGUGUACUUUUAUUUUAAGCUAGAAGCAGCUUAUUGGCCCAGAAACUCUUGACCCCCCAGAUAAGACCCUCGUUAUCCAAGCCGUUUCCUCUCUCUCCAUACCUAACGGGCUCAGGUGCUAGGCCACAGGGGCCCUGUCUUCUCACGUAUAUUCAUGACCUUUACUUUCACUUUUCGACCACGGUACGUUCAUAAAGACAGUAUUACACUUAAAUGAAGUAUUCCUUUUUGUAAUCUUUUUUUAGAAGGUAAAUGAAUUUAAUAAAGCUACCGAUAAUGCCAAUG